CAUAUUAUGCUUCGUAAACUGAGCGGAUCCAUUUAUAUUUUUCUUCCCUUUAGAUUCAGUUCAUUAAAGUUACAAAACAUCGACUUAUGAAUAUGUACUUUAUUUAAUUUCUUAGUUUAUUUUUCUGUUUAAGAAUGACAGAAUAAGAAUGCAAGUAUGUACCGAAACUCAUUCUAAACUUGGUCUGGAUACCUCGUUUAUUAAAAGUGGCACAUUUCGAAAACAGCUGUUUCUAGCAGUGUGCACAGCGAUAGUAGUUCUCUUUCUGAUACUGAUGGAUAUGUUUCCUUUAAUAUGGAAAACACAAGGGAAAGGCUACUAUGCAAAACCAUCAUUGAAAUGCACUAAUAACAGUAAAAGUACUAUUCGUGUACUGUGUCUCAUCUUAGCAUCAGCAUAUAAAAGCCGGCAGAUGGCAGCAAUAGAAAACACUUGGGCAAAACGUUGUGAUAAAUACCUUUUUAUCAAUGGGCAGACGAACAAUCCACAAAUAGCUGAAACAAUUUUAAAUGUUCCGGUUCUAGAGGAGAGACGUCACCUGACAAUGAAGAUGCGUCAUGCGUUUAAAUAUGUGUACAGAGCAUAUAAAGGCAGUUUUGAUUGGAUAUUAAAAUGUGAUACUGACACCUAUGUUGUUAUGGAAAAUCUUCGGAACCUCCUAUCACACGUCGACCCAUUUCAACCAGGAUACCUAGGUUUUCAUAUGAAGGCAUGGAGAAAUCAUCGUUAUGGUUACAUGAGUGGAGGAGGCGGUUAUGCAAUUAGCUGGCAAGGUUUUCAUCAGUUAAUACAUAAGGGAUUUAAAAACGGCUGCGGUGAGGAAGAUGGUUCAAGUGAGGAUCUCAACAUUGGCUUAUGUUUAGGUGACUCUGACGUACCCGUCUUAAACUCACGUGAUAAGGACGGAAAAGAAACAUUUCAUCCAGCAAACAUACAACGUCUUUUACGUCCACCUCAUCCAAGACCAAUCAGAAAUAGGGCUUGGAAUAAAGUCAGAUUUGUGUGUGGUUACAGACUUUUGUUUGAGGUUUUGAAAGUUGGUUAGCCUACUCUAGGCCGAGAAGCUAUGAAAAUUGUUUACUGCCUCCAAAACGAAAUCCCCAAAUAAGUAUUUGUAUAAAUUACAAAUAAAAAAACAAAUAAAUAAAAUGAAGCCAAACGGAAAGAUGUUUUAUAUUAGAAAAAUACAAAGGGAAAAUGUCUAUUGACAAGUAUUCAAAUAAGCCAUAAAGACCAUCCUGCUGUCAAUUGUUAUAUCCAGCCGUUUCUCUGAAGAAUAUGGUUGUCAGUUUUUCAUAGUUGACCAGUGCCCGGACAGCUUUAUUUAGGACAUUGUCACAUUUUUACCAGUCAGUUAUGGACAUGUUGGUUAUUUUAACAUUUGUGAACGUAAAUUCAUCUGUACAUAAUGGAAAGAAUCAAACUGGUACAUGAUAAAGAAGAAUCACGAUUUAUAACCAAUUUGCUUGUUGUUAUGUGGCGACGUUCAUCCUUGCCCAGGACCUUUUUCUUCUACUGAAUAUUCAACUGCCAGUUAAAGUGAUUAUAAACAUUUCCAGAAACAUAGUUUACACUUUUUACAUAUGAACGUGCGAAGUCUGUUACCUAAACUCCAUGAAAUUAAUCUUGUAGCACGAAAAUCUAAAGCAGCCUGCAUAUGUGUAACUGAUACUUGGUUAGAUAACUGUAUUCCAGAUUUUGAAACUCUUAUUGAAAAUUGCUGUAUACAGAGAAAAGAAAUCGUCACAGGCAAGGCGGUGGAGUGUGUAUUUACAUACGGAAAAAUCUGACAUACAACAACCGCAAUGACCUAAAUCAUGAUGAUCUGGAUGCUACUUAGAUUGAACUGUUAUUACCAAAAUCCGAACCUAUUAUAUGUGGUGCCAUCUGUAGAUCUCCAACACAGCAAAACUUUUACUCUAUUUUAGAUUAUUCAGUUUGUUCCGGUAACAGAAACAUUGUAGAAUUUUAGACUUUAAUGCUUGAAGUUUUUAAUACCUUUGUGUCUUGUACAAAAUCUUAUCCUCUUUUACAGUGGUUUAAGUCAUUUAUUGAUAUGUUUCAAAUUAGUCAGUUCACCAGCGAACCUACUAGAAAUUGUUCUACUAAUUCAACCACAGUUAAUUUAAUUUUGGUAUCAGAUCGUAACAAUAUUUCACAGUCAGGUGUUAUACAUACAUCUUUUAGUGACCACAACAUGAUUACUGCACCAGAAAUAGUACUAAAUCUUUCAUUGGUUCUCAUAACAAUAUUGCUUUAAGAUCUUUGAAAAAAAAUAUAAUAAGGAAGACUUUUAAACAAAUCUUUUAUCAACAGACCGCAAUCCAGAGUUAUUGAGUGAUAAUAUGAAUGAAGCAUGGAACAUUUUCAAGAAGUUAUCUAUAUCUGUGAAAGACAAUAUUUCUCCUGUUAAACAAACACGAUUUAAGCAGAUAUCAGAACCAUUGAUGGACUCAGACAUUCUUCAGGCCAUAAAUGAUAGAGAUAAAGCUUUUAAAGUAUAUACACGAGACAGAAAUAUGGAACAGUUUAAGUCUCUUAGAAAUAAAGUACAGUAUCUAGUUCACAAUGCAAAGACAUCCUAUUUCUCUAAUGCUCUUGAACAGAACAAAACUAAUGCAAAAUCUUUGUGGAGAACUCUAAAUAAUAUUGGAUUACCUUCUACGAAAGGAUCUGCUUUGUCAAGUUUAAAUAUUUGUCUUAACAUUGGUGAUACAAUUCGUUUUGAUAAGAAACUUAUUUCUGAAACUGUCAACAGUUAUUUUUAUACAACUGUUGAAUGUUAACUUGUUGAAAAACUCCCUAAAAGUGUAAAUAAAUUUGGUAGAUGUUUUGCAAAUGCAUUUUAUGCAAACAAAGGAGUUUUUUCCAAAUAUUGUAACUUUUUCAAUCAUGUCAGAAAGAAAAGUUCCUAAAUAUUUAACUUCAUUCCAUGCAAACAAAGCUACUGGCUUAGACAGUAUACUUUCCCGUUCCAUUAAGGAUAGGUGACCUAUCAUGAUUGUAAGUCCCUUAACCCAUAUAGUUAACCUGUUCCUAAUACAAAGUGCUGUACCUGAUGACCUUAAAUCUGCUAGAGUUGUUCCCGUUGUUUAAGAAAAUGAUAAACUUUCUGUUGGUAACUACAUACCAGUCUCAAUUUCAAAUAUUUUUCUAAAGUCCUUGAAUAAGAGGUUUAUGACCUAGUUGAAUCAUUUUAAGGAUAAAGACUUGUUAUAUAUAUUUCAGUUUGGGUUUAGGACUGGGUUUUCUACUGAUACCUGUCUGAUCUACAUAUUGUAGGCUGGUAUUGUUCUGUUAGACCUACAGAAAGCAUUUGGCACUGUUGAUCAUUCCAUACUUUUGAUGAAGCUUCAAGCUUCUGGUCUUGGUAAUGACAUUUUUAAGUGGUUCAAGUCAUAUCUUUUUGAUGUUUCAGGUGUCUUUUCAUCUACUUCAAAUAUUGCUUAUGGUGUUCCCCAGAGUUCAAUAAUAGGGCCUCUCCUCUUUUUAGUUUAUGUUAAUGACAUGUCAGUAGUACUGAAAAAUAAACUUUUGUUAUAUACUAACGAUUCUGAGAUACUGGCAAGAAUUUAUCUGAUGUAGAAAAUGAUAUAUCUGAAGAUUUGUUUUUAGUGAAUCAAUGGCUUAUUGAUAAUAGGUUAUCAUUGCAUGUAGGUAAAACUGAGUCUACUGUGUUUAAUUCAAAGCACAAACUAAGGUCUAAAUCAAAGUUAAAUAUAACUUGUAAUGGCACAGCUACUGACGCAACCACAGCUGUGAAGUAUCUUGGGAAAGAUCAGCAAUUGUCCUUUAGUGCCAUGGCCGACCCAGUUAUUAAAAAAGGCAUUGCUAAGUUUCUAUACCGUAAGAAAGAUUUUCUUAUACUACCAACCAAAAAACUGCCUGUUAUGUCCUUAAUUUAGUGUCAUUUUGAUUACGCUUUCUCUGUCUGGUAUAAUGGAUUGAAUCAAAUCUUAAUAAACAGGUUACAAACAACUCAAAAUAAAUUAAUGAGAUGUGUGCUUAAUCUUGACUCCAGACCCAAGGCAGAUCUUGAACAUUUUAAAUCCAUAAAUUGGUUACCAGUCAGCAAGAGAAAUGAACAAAUCAUGCUGUGUUAUCUUUUAAGGUUAAAAACAAACUAACCCCAGAUUAUUUGGAUGAUUUUUUUGUUCCUCAACAUUCUAACACACACAUAGUACAAGACUUAGUCUAAAAGAUGGCUACUCUCUUCCAAAGGUCAAAGGUCCAGGUUCAAAAUCUUUUAGUUUCAUUAGUUCUAAACUUUGGAACAGUCUUCCAGAGGACAUCACUAAAAUUAACAAAUAUCAGUGAUUUAAGGUAGCCAUAAAAGUCAUUUAAUGCAAAGUAUUCUCUGAUUGUCGAAUGUUAUGUUUUAACAUUGUUUUAAUGCAUUUUAUUGUUUAAUGUUUAAUUUUUCUACUCAGGAAUUUUCUCUUUUUUAUUAUUGUGCCAUGACAUGCUCUUUCUUUUACACUUUGAUCAGAACUGAUUUAACAGUUUCGAUUUCGUUUGAUAGAUUAUCAAAGAUAUAUGCUCAGAUAUUUUCAUACUAUUAGUAACAAUGUGAUAAUAAUUUGUGAUAGUCUGUCUGUGACAAUUUCAAUUUGAUAAUUUUAAUUUAUGAUAUAGAUGUAAUUUUCGUUUAAACAUUAUGUUUUAAUAAUUGCCUCUCUGUGUCAUGCGACUAAUGGUAAGUACCACAUUGGAAAUAAGAGCUUGCUCUUUUUUGUGUUAUUCUAGGUACUGGGAGCAUGCCAUGGUUAUCUUUUGCUUAAUAUAGUUUUUAAUUAUGCCUAUUGUUUUAUUCUACAGUGUGUUUGUUAAUCAUGUAAACGUUAUCUUUUGCCGAAAUCUUUCUCUCUCUCUCUUUAUCUAUCUAUCUGUCUGUCUGUUUGUCUCCAGACGAAACUGUCCGGCUUCAUGACGCAAAAAAAUGAUACCUUUUUCAGGGUUUCAAUCAAUUUUUUCACAUGUUUUGGGCUAUUUCCCGAUGUUAAAAUUUCAAAUUUUUAAAACUUGAUCCUUGUUCCUCUUGGACACAUUUUAUCCUAAGGAGGGGAUUGCCACCCGUCGGCCUAAUGUAUGUUUCGGUUUGAGCGCAUAAUAAUUUUCUAAACUUAUUAUAAAAUCUCAGAAAGAUUACUCGUCAUCAAAACAAGCAAUUUACCAAGUUUUAUUGAAAUUUAUCAAUGGGGUAACAAAUUAUGAUACCGGGUAUUUCAUUUUUUGUCUCAUACGUCUGACAGACGUCCGUUCCGUAGGCACGGUAUAGGCAACGCCCCUAAUUUUCAAAUAUGUAUUUUUAUUAUUUCUUUAGUGAAUCCUUUUAUUUUUCAUGAAAUUUUACUUGGUUAUUGCAUGAUAUGUAAACAACAUAUAAAUGAUAUUUCAGUGAAAUAUGAUGACAGGCUUAAAAAGUAUUCGACAUUGUAAAUAUUUCAAUAUCUUUGCAGACGCUGACGGACUGGCAGACAGAAUUUGACAAACAAUGUUUCGUCAUUAUCUCUACAAAAAUGCAUUAGCUUUACUAAUAAAUGCAUUCAAAAUCUCAGUUUUAUUGUUUUUUAUCACAUUUAUGAUAAAAACGUAAAGAACAUUUAUUUUAAAUUAACAUUUUCUGGUUAUUUAAGACAUUCGCUUCAAGACGAGUGUGUCUGUCGUGGGAUUUUGCGAUACCUAAAUAGAAAGAAUUUUCAUUAUAUUUUAAUUACUUGACAUGUUCUUUAUACCAACAUGUAGGGAAUUAUAUACUCUUGAAAUCUAAAUUUUAUAUUCCUCAGGGUUCUGCAGAACAAUUGCAUCGUCGGACUUGCCGCAUGCCGACCCCAAGAGUUCUGCUCGUGAAUCACUAAUUUCUAGGUUAUAAUUAUAAAUUUGCUACCAACUUAUAGAGAAACAUAUUUUUCUUUGGAAAAUAAACCUCACAUGAAAACAUUGCCAAAACAGGACCAGCACGCUCGCCCCUUCCCAACGCUCUGGGCUUCAUUUGUACUAUUUUUAUGUUCAUUUUCGCCCUCUUUGGGUGAAAACAGCGAAUACUUUCACCUUCUAUGAUGUUGUUUAGCAACAUAUAGUAGGUAGGUGCAUACAUAUGGCAAACAGAUGAUGCUAGUUUAGUCAUGCCAUAUGAUGUUCGCCGCGAAAAUAUGUAAAAAAUAGAAAACAUGAAUUAUUACUGGAUAUUUCAGCAAUUGUGUUGCAAAAACAUCAGAUUAAGGAUCAAUAUUGUCCUCAAUAUUGUCAUUACAAGGCCACGUGUAUUGCUAUCAUAAUGAUACCUCUUCAUUAAAUUCAAUCUAUCCUUUAGGUUACAGU